ACCCUAAAAUGACAGCGGAAGGAAUGUGUUAAACACAGCUGUUUUGUCAUUAGUACAUUAGUGAUUGGCAAAUUAAUAUCGAUUUUUACUAUAAAUCAAUAACUAAGAGGUAAUAAUUGUCAACGAUGCUUGCCUCAUUUAAGAAAAGUUCAACAAAGUCCUUGUUUGGACUAUAUCGCUAUAUUCAUAAUGAAUACAUAUCUACCACUGAAAAUAAUGGAACUCGAGAAAUUACCUUAAUUCACGAAAAAACAAAGAAUUCUUUGUCAAUGGACAUGAUGAGCCAUCUUAUAGAAGCUAUAAAUUCUAAUAAAGAUGAUACGUCACUGAGAGCUAUAGUCCUGUCUGCAAAAGGCAAUGUUUUCUCUGCAGGUCAUAAUCUAAAGGAACUACAAUCAUCUACAGGAAUAGAACAACACCAGUUAAUAUUUAGAAAAGCUACAGAACUAAUGAAGUCCAUUAUACAAAGUCCUGUGCCUGUCAUAGCUAAGGUUAAUGGUUUUGCUGCAGCAGCAGGUUGCCAGUUAGUUGCCGCAUGUGACAUGAUCGUGUGUUCCAACACGAGCAAAUUCUCAACACCUGGUGCAAAUUUUGGUAUAUUUUGCUCAACUCCAGGCAUAGCUAUUGCGAGAUCUAUCCCAAAAUCCCGAGCUACAUAUAUGCUAUUUACAGGAGAACCUAUUACCGCCCAAGAAGCAUAUGAAAGCGGACUAGCAACAAAAGUAGUACCUGAAGAACAAUUGGACAUUGAGGUAAACAAGAUCAUAGAAAAAAUCAAGGUGAAAAGUCGUAGUGUUAUAGCUCUAGGAAAAGAUUUUUUUUACAAGCAAAUCGAAUUAGAUGUUUUAGAUGCUUAUAAAUUGGGAGAAAAAAUAAUGGUAGACAAUAUUAACAGUUGUGAUGGCCAAGAAGGAAUUAGGAGUUUUGCUGAGAAACGAAAAGCAAGUUGGAGUCACAAAUAGAUGCCAGUUAUAAAAUAUUUUUUUUUACUUUUCUAUGGAUAAAUUUAAAUAUUUUUAUACAUAUGACGAGCGAAAUAAAACACGCUUUUUAAUUA